UAGUAACAAAGAAUUCCUUUCUUCAGGCUAUUCAAUACAUGAAAAUUCUGAAGAAAUCAAGAAGAUUAAAUCAGCUUUAACAUGGAUUUUUCUUGAUCAAUCAAAUUUAUGGAGAGCUGGUCUUUCUUGGACUCUUUUUUUCUUACUUACAAUUGUUGUUCCAUUAGUAUCACACUUUGUGUUUUCUUGUUCAAGUUGUGAUGUUAUGCAUCAAAGGCCUUUUGAUGUUCUUGUUCAAGUUUCUUUGUCACUUUUUGCAACUUUGUCAUUUGUUAGUCUUUCUAGAUUUGCAAGAAAAUAUGGGAUUAAGAAGUUUUUGUUUCUUGAUAAGUUGUAUGAAGAUAGUGAGAAGGUUCAACAAGGAUAUACUCUACAACUACAUAGGUCGAUGAAGAUCCUGUCAUCUUUCGUUCUCCCUUCUGUUAUCGCUGAGAGUAUUUACAAGAUAUGGUGGUUUUCCUCCGGGGGAAAACAAAUUCCUUAUCUGUACAAUGGCGUUCUGAGCAAUAUCUUCGUAUGCAUACUGUUAAUAUGCUCCUGGCUCUACCGGAUAUCAAUUUCCUUCCUUGUAUGUGUUCUAUUCCGGUUAAUAUGCUGCUUGCAGAUCCUUAGACUCGAAGAGUUUGCUCAAGUUUUCGAGAAAGAAUCUGAUGUCUCAUCGAUCAUGUUAGAGCAUCUCCGUAUCAGAAGAACUCUUCGUGUCAUUAGCCAUCGGUUCAGAGUUUUCAUUUUGUCUACGCUUAUACUAGUUACCAUAAGCCAGUUUCUUGCCUUGCUUCUUACGACUGAGCCUAGCUCGACUGUCAACAUGUUUACGGCUGGUGAACUCGCGUUGAGCUCGAUUACUUUGGUAACCGGACUUUUCAUGUGCUUACGUAGUGCAGCAAAGAUCACACACAAAGCGCAAGCCGUGACAUCUCUUGCUGCUAAAUGGCAUGCUUGUGCAACAAUCAGCAGCUUCGAUGACAUGAAUGAUGACACUCCAACGGCUCAGACUGAAAAUCCUCACGCUGUAUACCCGAUCAAUUCCAGUUGGGACAGCGAUGAAGAAGGAGACGGAGAUGAUGUAUUGGACAACACGAAUAUGGUACCAAUACAUGCUAGUACUGUAUCUUACCAAAAGCGACAAGCACUAGUUUCAUACUUCGAGCACAACAAGGCUGGAAUCACGGUAUACGGCUUCAUGUUAGAUCGUACAUGGCUUCAUACAAUCUUCGCGAUUCAGCUCUCUCUUACACUCUGGAUACUCAAUAAGACAAUUGGUAUCUCGUAAAUCCUACUCAACGACAUGAUCUGUGUGUUCGCGUACAUGUACGAAAAUCUGUACUAUCGAUACGUAGAGAAACUACUCUCUAUAUAUAUGUAUCCUGGUAACUAGUAAAGUUGCUGCCAUGUGACCAGCAGGUCAUGGGUUCAAGCCUUGAAAACAGCCUCUGACAGAAAUGUAAGGUAAGACUACGUACGAUACACCUUUGUGGUGGGGCUCUUCCCCGGACACUGCGCAUGACGGUAACUUUAGUGCACCGGGAUGGCCUUAUUUUAAUCUUCGAUGCCAAAAUUUUGCAGUUUUUCGUCGUACUGAUUGUAUUCACUGUUGAUAAUGGUGUCACCAAGUGUACUAUUUGUUUAUAUAUUAGCUUUUGUAAAAUGAAGUGAAAUUUUGUAUGGGUAAAAUGAUUUUUUCU